GAGCGAUAUCGAUGCUCGUAGUAAUAUAUCUUUAAAAGGAAUAUUAAUCGGUAAACAUGUACUUGGGUAAUCUGAUAACAGCGGUGUCGCUGAGAAAGUGUUUUUACUUAUCGGCGAUGGUAUUGAUAGUGUCAACUCUUAUGGCAGCGAUCAUAAUUGUCAAGCUGUCACCAUUGGAAUCAGUCAAGUGCCAACCGCACGCAGUGACAGCGACUCUCGAAUGGAGUACUUUGUUAAAUAAUCCAACGAAAGCAUUGAUAACGACAUCGGAAAACACCAUUAAAAUGGAAAAGCAUGAUAAAAGUGACAGGGGAGUGCAACAGGAGAUUAUCCAAGACAAAUCAUCGAAAAUGGCCCGGCAGAUGAGAAAUAAAGUUUUGCCGCUCCUAAAUAGUAUCUUAGUAGUUGAACCAAAUUACAACGUCCACAUCUUUUACUACGCUUGGUAUCGUUCCAAAGAAUAUGACGGUGUCUGGAGACACUGGAACCACGACUAUCUUCCGUACUGGAAAAAGAGCGAUAAAAGAAUCUAUCCCGAGGGUAGUCACUUACCGCCAGCUGAUAUAGGUGCCAACUAUUAUCCUACUCUAGGAUGUUACAGUUCCAUGAAUCCUCAAAUCAUCGAUCUUCAUAUGAGGCAAUUAAAAGAGGCUGGCAUUGGAGCGGUAAUAGUUUCCUGGACUCCGCCGACGAGUAACGAAAACACUGACUCCAUCAUGCCCGAUCUGUUGGAUGCUGCUCAUAGAUAUCAAUUGAAAAUCGCUCCACAUAUUGAGCCUUAUGAAGGAAGAAAUCCGAUCAAUCUUAUGGAACAUUUGCGAUAUUUGUUCAGUCAAUACGGCUCUCAUCCGGCACUUUAUCGGAUGCGACGAGAAUCUGAUGGAACAGUCUUACCAGUUGUGUAUAUAUAUGACUCUUAUGUGUUUCCAUCGAGUGCCUGGUGGGAAUUGUUAUCAGAACACGGAAAUCUGACACUUCGAGGAACUGAACUAGACGCCAUUUAUAUCGGGCUUUUGGUAGAUGCUCAGCACAAGAAUCACAUCAAAAAGUCCCACUUCGAUGGAUUUUACACGUAUUUUGGUAUAAAUGGUUUUAGUUACGGCAGCUCUUGGAAAAAUUGGAAGGACUUAAACAAGUUUGCGAAUCAAAAUGGAUUGCUCUUCAUACCCAGCCUGGGACCAGGAUACAUUGAUACGCGGAUUCGACCUUGGAACGCAGAAAACACUAGGCAUCGACGACACGGUCAGUAUUAUGAAUUUGCGUGGCGGAGUGCGGUAAACAGUGGAGCGUCCAUCAUUUCCGUGACAUCGUUCAAUGAAUGGCACGAGGGUACGCAAAUCGAGCCCGCGAGGCCCGCGAGUAAUCGGGACUUCACGUACCUCGAUUACGAGCCGGAGGGGCCGGAAUUCUAUCUCAAUCUGACCAAAUGGUGGGUACAGCAGUUCUCCGACAAGCUCAAUGCCGCAAGCUCCGCCCUCAGUUAAUUUCCCGGGAAAGGUUCUUCCGGGGUUAUUUGCUGCCUGGCGCAAUGCCUCGAUUAGCGUUCGCUAUAAGAAUUCUUUUCGAAAAGUCAUUUCAUACAUCCUUGUAAGUUUUCAAUUUGAGUUAUU